GGGGCCGGCGCGCAGAUCGCACUCGCCGCCCCCCGAGCGCCUUCCCGACUGGAAGUACGCGUGGAGUUUGAGGAUCGCCUUCUCGCCGGCGGGCGCGGGGCUGACCCGCACCAGCAGCGGCGCGGCCGCCAUCAUCCCGCCGCGCCGCCGCUUUCGCUUUCGUUUCCCGCUCCGCCGCCGCUUUCGCUUUCGUUUCCCGCUCCGCCCGCGGCCGCCGCCUCGGAGCCGCCUCGGAGCCGCCUCGGACCCGCUCCCGCUCCGGGCGCUGAGGACCCGCCCCAGCCGGCCCAUGGGGAUCGCACAGAGUUUACUUUCAAGUUUCCUCGGAGGGAAACCCGCUUUAGGGUCAAGCAUGGUAAUGGAUGAGGUCAAUUUGAUGGUCCCUAUUAGUAAAGAUGCCUAUGAAGCUCUUAAGAGAAGAGACAACUGUCUAAAUUAUCUCAUUUCCAAGAAGUUUGCUUGUAUGCUGGCCUUCAGAAAAGAAACAAAAAGUGCUGUUGAAGUAUACAGGAAAAAAGUAAGGUUGGGCAUUGAUGUUUGUGUUUGUAAGGAUGAUCUCACACGACACAAGGUCGAUGCUGUGGUGAAUGCAGCCAAUGAGUAUCUUGAACAUGUAGGAGGUCUUGCUCUUGCCCUUGUAAAAGCUGGAGGGCCAGAAAUAGCAGAGCAAAGCAAGAUUUUUAUUCAAAGGAAUGGAAAAGUCCAAGUGGGCAAUAUAGCAGUGACAGGUGCAGGGAAGCUUCCUUGUAAGGAAGUUAUUCAUGCAGUUGGUCCAAAGUGGAAUCCUUGUGAAAAGGAAAGAUGUUGUUAUCUACUUCAGGAAGCUAUUUGGAAUGUUCUGCGAUAUGUUAGUGCUCCAGAAAAAGCUUUACAGUCUGUGGCUAUCCCAGCAGUGAGUUCAGGUAUCUAUGCCUUCCCAGCUGACUUGUGUUCUCAAGUGAUUGUCAUGGCUGUAAGGGCAUUUGUUGAGGCAAGUCCACCGAGCCAUCUCAGGGAAAUCCGCCUGGUGAACAUUGAGGAGUCUACAGUUGCAGAAAUAAAGAAGGCCUGUGAAAAGAUUCUGGGUGAUACCAGUUCACUUGAGGACAGGGAGUCAGCUUCACCAAGCCAGUUCCCAACUCACUUCGUGUAUAGAAGCAUUUGCUUGCACAUCGUACAACACCGCCCUGAAAAUCUGACGAAUACAGCCAUUGUUAACCCCCUGAAUGCAAAGGGUGAGCCUUCCUCUCAAUCUUCAAGACGACUGCUGGAAGAAGAGGGUUCAGCUUUUCAGAGGGAACUUCAGCGUCGUGUUAGACAUCCAGCACAUUGUAAGGACCCCAUAGUAACCAAAAGGCGUGAGCUGCCCCCUACAUUUGUACUGCACGUGGUAUUGAAAUGCCAGCAUCCGGUGUUACAGUGUGAGGAACUGAAGGAUGCAGUGAAAAGAUGUCUAGGUCAUUUUCAGGACGACUCACCUCCCUCAGUUUCUUUUCCAGUAAAUUGGUCACCAGACCUGCCUGUUGACAUAGUGGCAGAGACCAUGAUUGAAGCAGUUUUAAGUUUUGCUAGGGAACAUCCUACAAAGAAGAGAGAAGUGCAAUUUGUCAUUUGCCCAGAUGACAUUCAUGCCCGUGAGGUUGUCCUGAGAAAAUGUUAUUCAGCAAUAUGCAAACUGGAAAACAGAAGUGAUCCUUUGAGUACAGAGUCAGGCAGUCAGACUGCAAAGGAGACUGCAAGCAGUGAACCUGUGAUUGAACUUAGAGGGAGCACACCCACAGCACUGGGAGCAGCAGAAUCGUGGCUCCAAAAUAUAAUAAAGAUUCAGGAAGGUCACCAUGCUGUUAUUGAAAACAACUACAUUUUUUGCCUUGGUAAAGAGGAGUUUGCAGAGCUCUCUCUCAAGCAGCCUUCUAGUGUAUGUGUGUCAGAAGAAGUGAGAAAUGGACAAGCAAAACUGAAAUUUCAGGGGCCUCCUGAUGUUUUGAUUGAUGUGGUGCUCGCAACUGAAGAAUUACUGCUUCAUAUGCAAGAGAAGACUAUAGCUGAACAAAAGAAACUGCUCUACUCAAUGUGCCAACCAGAAGCAGACGAGCUUUCAGAAGGAGAUUUCGUCAUGAAAAGUACUGCUGACUACAUCCACAUUUCACCAGUAGAAUGUCACCUCCAGGAGUUUAAAUACAAACAGAAAGAGUUUGAAAAAGCUGGACUUCGUGUUCUCAGGAUUGAAAAGAUACAUAAUCAAUUUCUGUCUGCUGCAUUCCAACAAAUGAAAAAAAAAGUAGAUGGUAGCUCCAAACUAACUCACAGGCUGUACCAGGAUGUUCCUGCUGAGUUCUGUUCCUCAGUUUGCCAAGUUGGAUUUCACAGGAUGUAUUCUCCACCAAAAGAACAAAAAUACGGAGCUGGCAUCUACUUUACAAAGAACCUGAGGUACCUGACCAAGGGUAAAGCUACAUGGGAAAUGGAUUCUAAAAUGUACGUGUUUGAGGCUGAUGUAGUAACUGGCACAUACACUACAGGCAAGCCAUAUUGUAUUAUGCCACCAGUAAUGGACAGGAAAGCCUUUACAUUCUAUGACAGUUUAGUAGAUGAUAUGUACAGUCCUGAGACCUUUGUAAUUUUCAAUGGUUUUGCAGCCCUUCCACAGUAUUUGCUGACUUGUGUCCCAGUGACUGAGAGGUAUGUAGCUCCUUGAGGAAACAAGCAGGACCCUCAGUGGGAAUAAAGCAGAACUGUAUCUAUGGCGAAAACCCUCCGAGAACAAAGUCUAGUGCUUAGACUUAAGAGGUUGCUUUGCUUAGUAGUGUGCUAUGUCACAGUAUAACAUUUAACAUUAACAUUUAACAUACCUGGUCAUUUACUUUAUUCCUUAAAGUGAUCCCAGUUUGUAACUAUAUGCUUGAUGUUUGUGUAGGCUGUCAUUCUUCCACUGUAUUUACUUAAUCUGACAUAUUCCAGAUGUCAAGGAAACACGAGAAAUCUUGGUUGUGCCUUUAGAGUCUUUUCUUUUGACUUAAGAUAGGAGAAUAUAGUAUGUGAGAGCUGUUUUCUAUUUAGGGACAUGCUAUUAUAUACAGUUUUGACAAACCUGAGACAAUACUUCAUGAUUUCUUACAGUGGUUGCUGUACAGUUUUUAUUAGUUACUUCAAGCAUUGUAGAGACACAUAUUCAAAAUAAAAAGUAUGAAUGUCA